AUUUUAGUAUUUUUCAUUUUUUUAGAAAAAAUGAAAAAUACAAAAGUCCUACUGUACAGCACCAUAGCUGGGCUCUUUAUCAGUUAUAUUCCUGGACUAGUCUUCUCCCCAAGUGGCCAUGUGAAAACUGAUUGUGGCAAGUACAGUCAUGGUAAAGGAUUGGAUGUUACAGGAAAACCAUUUCAGGAUUUCUGGAGUUUUUAUCCAUACUAUGUGUGUGAGCAUCAACAACCAAGAACCAAACUAUUCCAUUUUAUCGCCAGUUUGAAUGUUCUUUGUCUUUUGGCUAAUAUGACAACAUCAGGGUUUAAUAUUACAACACCUAUACUAGGCUUGUUCCAGGGAUAUGGAUUAGCCUGGAUAUCUCACUUCUGGAUAGAGAAGAACAAACCCGCCACAUGGCAGUAUCCAGGAUAUAGUUUUGCAGGGGAUUUUGUGCUUUUCUCUGAAGUUUUAUCCGGAGAGUAUAUCAUUUGGGAAUAAAUUUGUAGAAAAUAAAAUAAAAAUUGUUUUCUGACUUUUGUUAAAAAAAUAAACCUACAUAAAAUGUCUUA